AUGAGGAGGGCGGAGGUGCAGGAGACGCCGGGGGGUGAGGCGGCGGCGGCUGCGGGGGAAGGGGGAAGCGUCGCAGCGGUGACUGCGUCGGUGGGGGCUGUGGAGGAUGUGGCUGUUGCCGCGGAGGCGCCAGCGGAGGCCGUGACGACAUUGGGGCUGGCUGGCGGAACUGCCGCCGCUUUUGGCGGCGGCUCAACUUCACGCUCUGCAAACCACCAGGUGGCACAACCGCAGACGCUGGAGCUGGGUCAGUCGUUGGAUCAGGAUCCGUCUGAGGCGGUGGCCUUGUCUGCAUCACCGGCGCCGGUAAAGGCGGCGGUGUUGGCUGUGGAGGUGACUGCUUUGACCGCGGCAGAGAACCUGGCCGACACCCCGGUCGAGGGGAAGGUAUCGGUGGCCGCUGUGAGCGCUGGAACAUCUGCUGCUGCCGAGGGCGCAGACACGCAGGAGCGCGACCAGGCGGCGAGCGGAAGACGGGGUCACGGGAACGGCGCCCCUGGGCGCGUCGCUCGCGGAAAGGGCGGGAGGAAGUUCCGUGCCCAGCCAGCGCCAAGGCGGCCCGGAGCAGGGCUGGGACCUAGCGCCCCGGGGCAGGGCGGGAUGGCGUGUAUGGAGGCUACGGGGGGGGGGGGGGGGGGCGACGCGCGGCCUCCCUGGGCGCCAAAGUAG